ACAGAACAGGAAAUUUCACUACACAGAACCGAAUGAAAGAGAGUUUGACAUGGUUUCUGUGUGCCGAUACUGUUGAGUUCGCUAACUUAGCGGCGAUUUGUGGACCACCAUGAUCUAGGGACAAGCAGGAAAUUUGUUUGAGCAUAUGGGUACAUUUAGGACUUUGGCUGGGGACCUUUUGUUGAAAGAUUGGCAACGUUGUAUUGAACGCCUGUGGCUACUUUCGGUUUCCGUUAACUGCUGUUAUUCAAGGUUACACGUCGCGUUCUUCGAAAGUACGCACGCCGACACGCUGGCAGCCAUUGCUUAACAUCUUCAGUCUCACAGAGGCGAACGCACACACAACGAUACACGAAAGAAAGAAGACGACGACGAAAACGGACGAACGAGCCUCGAAGGGUUUCGAGUCUCUGUGGUCUCAACUAUGCGCGUUGUAAGCCUACAGCGGCUACGCUAACCUAGCGGUGUAGCAUGUUCCAGCAGCUUCUUUAUUUGUACGCAACACGGGAUUAACGCAUAUCGGGCGCAAUGGAGGUUCAGAAGAAACAAGAAGUCGAAACGUUUCUCCACUCUGUCCUCAGUUGCGAAAAGGGCGGAAUUCCGCUCUCAAAACUGCAAGAAGAAUACACAGUUCUGAUUGGCAGCCCUAUACCGUUCCAAAUGCUUGGCUUUGAAAAGCUGAUUGACUACAUAGAGAGCAUUCCUGACACAGCUGCUAUUCGGAAGUCAGCUGACAAUGGGACCAUCAUUGUGCAACCUGUGUGCAAACCCACCACUGCUCAUGUAUCCCAGCUUGUUGCUGGUCAGAAGAUAGCUGCCAAAACAAAGCCAGCCAGGCGUCCAAGCAGGCACCCUGCACCCAGAACUGGGCCCAGUGUGAGGUUCGCCAGCUAUCAGAGCAGGCUGGACAGCCAGAAGCCAUCCACCAUAGCUGCAACUCUGAGCCCCAUGCCGCUACCUCCUAGGAGGACUCAUCGUGGGACAGGCAGAGGGCUGCCACAGCUGAGACAGCCAUCUACGAAACCUGGCUUCAAGUACGAGGUCCCUCCCAGGUGGCAGCGGCCAAGCAAUGGGUUCUCCCCUGUCUUGGGGUCCAGCAGCCCACCAGGCAAUGGUGUCGGGGAGCCUGUGUCAAGGGCGCCGCUGCGCAUGCCUCGAACAGCCUCUGAUGGUUCGACACUGCAGCCUGCAGCCACGCCGAUGCCUCCACCACCUCCCAAGUUGCCCACACCGCCGGCCACGCCACCUGCCCCCAAGACUUGCCGUGAGCUGGUGGAGGAGUACGGUCAAAGCCGGGGCGUCACGGUGUCGUUUAGUGCACUGAGCAGCCGCAGCUCAAAGAAGGGCCCCCUGGUGUGGCUGGCAACGCUGAAAGUGGAUGUACAGUCCUUCUAUUCAUACCCGGAUGAGAAAGAGUCACGGGAAGAGGCUGAGGAGGAGGCUGCACGCAAGGCCGUCUACUUCCUUGGCCUGAAUGACGGUUUGCAGAGCCAGAUGCAAGAGACCAGUGUAUCGACACCUAAGCAAGUCGAAGAUUUUGUCGGUCGAAUUAAAGAGUUAGUGUCGCAGAAGAGCAACGGCCUUUGGAGCACUGUCGUGCCGCAGAUGUACCAGGAGCAGUACAAGGAGUCGGUACCAAAGAACUGGCUAGAGCUUGUCAAGGAUUCGAGAGUUGUGUGCACAACUGAUUGCAAGGAGAACCGCUGCAUUCUCUAUCCUCAGACAAACUCACCGACAACUUCCCAGACUGGGCACCGGCGGUCCAUGACUGAUGCAGGCCCAGUGCAUGGCCCUGUUCCUGACAAGCUGCCCCUUCCCGAGGGCAACCACUGGGAUGUUUUUAUCACAUAUGCUGCUAGCACAGCGGAUGUAUUCUUCCGCUUGCUGGACUUUACUGAUGUACCCAAUAUAACAUAUGAUCAAUAUGAGCAACUCACUGAAGAGAUGGACAAGUUUUACGCUGAACACUCGCUGCCUGUCUCAGAAGCUAAAAAAAAUUGGCUGUACGCCACAAAUGUAGAAGACAACUGGAUGCGAAUACAAGUGCUUGAAGUACAAGAUGGUAAGGCUGAGUGCUUUUUUCUAGACCAUGGUGACGUUGACUCUGUGCCGGUCCACAAGCUUCAGGAGCUGGAUCCAAAAUUUUUAAAUCUACCAUUCCAGAUUGUUCACUGCCAGCUGGAUGAUUUGGGUGAUUUUGCUGAUGACGAGCAGGCGAACAAACUGUUGAAUGAACUCUUCGUCGGCAAGUGCCUCAUUGCUGAAGUUUCUGCCAGGGAACCUGUAGUGACUGCAAUCUUCUACGACACGACGACUGAUGAGGAUGUGAAUCUCAAUGCCCUGUUGCUGAAGCGUCUUGAGACCCCCGUGUUACCAGGGCCUGAACAAAUCACACGAGUGCGGCUUGGUCACAUCGACUCGGAGGGGAAUCUCUAUGUGCAGCUGCAGGGGUCUGGACUGAGCCAUGUGACUCGUUUCAUGGAAGUCGUUGGCAGCCACAUUAGGCAAAAUAACCACCAACCUGCAUCGUCGCUUUGCGAGUCAAAGCUGUACGCCUGCAGGCUGAAAGACUCUGUCACUUUCUGUCGAGCCCUUCUCCUCUCUGCAGCACGCACAAAGGAUGACAAGGUGCUUGUGAGGCUUGUGGACAUUGGCAAGGAGACUCUGGUGUCUGCAUCAAACCUUUAUGAGCUUGAUAUCUUUGGGGAAAGCUUUGUGAGCUUCCCGCACCAGGCAAUCAUCUGUCGCCUAGCAGAUGUUGCACCCGGUCUUUGGACGUUGAAGGCAACAUCUCUUCUGAGGGAGAUGGUUCCUUCGGACCUUGAUCUGCUGCUCAAGGUUGUUAGGCCAGCAAAGGAUGGCUCUGAACCACUGGUGGCCAUGUUCAAACGCAUUGGGCCAAACAACGAACUCGUGUCUGUCAACACAUCGCUGGCAGUGGCUUUGGAGUCUUCAAAACAAGAAGAAAGAAAAGCCAAGCGAGUACCUGCCUUGACUCGGGUCUCCUCGCAAACCUUUUCCGAGAAAAAGGUAGAAGAGAAAAAGUUUGAUGAGAAGAAAGCCGAAAGCAAGAAAACUGAACAGAAAAAGCCUGAAGCUGCCACUAAUGGAGGUUCUGGCGACUUUUCACCACCAUCAAAAGUGAGUGCAUCGGCGUCGACCAUUGGGCCUUCAGGGGAUGGCCCAGGCAUCUCCAGCAUCACCUCGCCAUCGUCUGAGCUUGCGGCACUUAGCCUGAUGUCGUCGCCCGAGCUGGACGAGGAAGGCUUGCAAGGCAAGCCCCUUGCAGCACCUGAGCUCCCUGGGGUUGGGGAUUACCUGGACGUCAAUGUAACGGAGGCUGCCAACCCACUGAACUUCACAUGUCAGUCGUGGACUCACGGGGCACAGCUGGAUGCCCUGAUGUCUGAGAUGCAGAGUUUCUAUGCUGCCGAGGGCUCCAGUGCCUUCCCUGAAGGCCUUCCCGAGGCACUGCUGCGCAAGGGCCGCUACUAUGCAGGCCGCCACAUGGACAAGUGCUGGUAUCGUGUGCUGGUGCAACAGGUGCAGGGGCCACUGAUGGCAAGUGUGUACUUCGUGGACUACGGGGACUACGGCAUGAUGCAACCGUCAGAGCUGCAGCCCCUGUGGCAACGUUUCAGGCACCUGCCAGUGCAGGCCAUCCAGGCAUCCCUUGCUGGUGUAGAACCUGUGCAGAACGACUGGAAUCCGGUGGACUGCAUCAACUUCCGAAACAUUGUAAAGGACAGGCAGUUUGUGGCACGCAUUGUGGCCAAGAGGCCUGACACCAAGACGGGCGUCGAGGGUGCCCAGCACCUAGUGGUGCGUCUCGUUGACACCUCCAGCAGCGAUGAUGUUCACAUUGACCAGCUGCUCGCCGAGCGCAGUAUUGUGCGCCUUGUCUCAACCUGACAUGUACCAUACGGUACACGAUCAGCUUUAUAGCUACUGCUGCUGGAAGCUUCGAACCCUCUCCUCUAAUUGUCAUGCCUUACUUUUUUGCACAAUUUUCCUCUAUAUCAUCAUUGCCUUGCAACAAUUUUUUUUGUUCCCUUUCUUGAACUGAUGGAAAGGGACAAUGAGUAUGCGUACCUAUGUUUUCUGUUGUGUUUCUACUACUGGCUAACUUAUUAUUGCUUGCAAGUUGCAGGCAGGUGCGAGAUGACCUUCCACCAUUUCUGUGUGCCAGGGGGAAUCUGAAACAAUGUUUUACUUUGACUGUCCCCCUGCAGCCCUUUGGUUUCAUUAACUUAUGGUCAUCAUGGUCUGCACCUACAGAUUGUUAAAUAGAUGCCUCGAUCUACUCAUUUUCACCUCAUUUGCAAGAGUAACUUUAAUCGGUGGUAAGCCUCAGAUUCUCUGCCUAAACAUGCACAUGCGAGGCUAACAUUCCCGAGGAUUCUUCUUUGUGUGGCAUUGUAAGUAGAAGAAAUGUCAGUUGGUGCACUUUGCUUUAUUUAGACUUUUUGCCAAAUUUUGUGAAAGCUAGUUUCUACGUUAUGUUGCCUUACCGGACAGUUGCCUCUUGCUAGUUUGUGCUGAAUUUGUGUGUGUACUUGCAGCUGUAAGUCUGCCAUUUUCUCUAAAAGUUGUUUCACACCUUCAUGCACCAAUUGGGUUUACCUUUUUCAGUCGUCUGAAAAACCUUACAUCCUGGAAAAGAAAUUCCUGAUGUAGAUUGUGCAUGCUUGCUGACUAUGCACUACCUCCCCCCCCCCCCUCACGUGCCCCUCCUGAGUGCAGUGCACGUUGCGUGCACAUAUAUGUAAAGAUGUCAUGUUGAGCAUAAACACAAGCUUGUGUAGUGCCGUUGGCACAGAUAUAUGCAUUUCUGGGAUUCAGGGCCUUGUAAUGCUCAAGAUUUAUUUCUCUGCCUUCUAGUGACCUCUUAUAGGUAGUGUGCUAUGACAUGGCCAAAACCUACCAUUCUGUCAUCUGGAAGUGUUGAUCAUGACCUUGCUGUGCUUGUUUAGCAUUUUUAGUGGAAGCACUAUUUUCUAUUGCUGCCAUGGCAAUGGCAGAAAAACCUUUAUUUGCGAAUAAGCGGUAUUAAGUCUCAGAAAAGAGGGUGGGGGAAUGAUGCAACGGCUGCUAAAUUUUCAUUUCUAUGUGUGUACAUGUUCAUUGUGCCAGUAACCACACUUCUGUUCUUUUGCCUUUUUGGGUACUCUGUGGAUUGUAGGGACAAGCUCAACUUUUUUAUCUCCUUAUGCAAUAGCAAUGGUACUGUGAUCUAUUAAGGAACAAUCUUUGCUAUGAGACCACCAGAUGUGCAGUGCGAUUCAUCAGGUUUGAAACAUACAGGGGGUUAUAGAAACUGGAACAUACACUGGAUAACCUGUAAAGCAACAUGGUGUUCAGCGUGGGUUUAGGUAUGCUUAGCCCUGUUUCCCUCAUUAAUCUCGAGUUUUGCACAUAUGUUGCCUGUGGUAGAGCGUUGCAUGGGGCUAUGAGUGUUAACAUGCUUGUUUUUAUUUUCCCCCAUAUAUGUGCAAUAUACUGAAUUAUGGAUAGUUUGUAUUGAUUGUCAUGCUUGUGCAAUCAUCUAGCCACUCUCCUCUUAAGCUUUUCCUAAGGUACCACAUAGGCUUAUGUUUGCUCUUAUAUCCCUGCUUGGGUGUUGUGAUCUCUUAAGCAUUUUUUCAUUGCAGCAUGUAGGCUGCUAAUUUUGGUUUGUAUUGUUUGUGCUGUGCUCUGACAAAUUAUUUGAUGUAUAAUAUUUUAUUUAAAUCUUUGUGAGUUUGCUUUCGUUAUUUAGAAGCAAUUCUAUAGGUGACCUCUGUCUUUCUUCAUGCUAUUGUCUUUCAAGUUAUGUCACUUGAAAUGAGUGAUGGGACAAUAUAGGUAGUUGAGUACUGUGGGCAUAGCAUUCAUUAACUGUUAUUUUGCAGGUAUUUUCCUGUAACCUCGGUUACAUAUAUUUCACUAUAUGUUACUCUAUUGUGGCACCUUAAGUAUGUGUUUAACAUGAGUGGCACAUGGUGCACUUUCGAUUGCGAUUGAAUUUCUUAAUUGCAAUUGCCUCCUUUGCGCAAGCAGCCACUCACAGUUGACAAUUGCGAUCCAGAUUGGGCUCAGUUGUGAUAGAAAGUGGCCAUGUGACAUCAGUAUAAUAUAUGGUAAGCUCUGCAUUGUUGCAACAGCAUUGCAGAAUGCUUGUUACAGCUCUGUAUUUAACAGUAAAAUCCUAUUUAACAUUUAUAGUAUCGUACAAGUACAGCAGCGCUUUGCAACUUACGGAGGAAAUAUUAAAGUGAGCACUGUAGUUGCUCCUGGGUACUAGUUCUAGAAACUAAAGCAAAGGUCCAUGGAUGCAUCAUUACUCUAUGGAUGCAUGAUGUGAUUUUCUUUAUUUAAUUAGUGUAACAAGUGUGUUCCUAAGUCACUUAUGAAAAAGCUCUGUGUUGUCAGAGACAAAUAUUAACUCAACCCUUUUGCUACUCGAGGGCACCUGGCAUCAACAUUUAGCUGUAUCAUUGAUGAUUAGGUAUCCAACGCUGCAGUGCGUUAACAUUUGGCCUUUUUUCUUUUUCUCAGUGCUGAGAAGUUACUGCUGCUCUCAUACUCAGUGCCGUAAGCAAGUAGAUGUUGGUGCCAAGUAUUCCUUUUUCAAAUUAGUUCCUAGAUGCUCCUUUGCACCCAUGUAUAAGUUCUACAUGUUGACAUAUGUGUAUAGGUGCAGGAGAAUGCCAAACAACAGGAGAAGGAAUGUUACUGAGAUCUGUACGUCCACAUUGCUUAUGCAUUUUUCUACAAUAAACCUGCAUUCCAAAUUGUGA